UAUCAACCAAUCGCAGAGUUUCAUGAUAGCCCAUCAGACGAACUGCAUCAAGACUGCUGCAUUUUACCUAGUCAUGCAAGUGGUUGAGCGUUUUGAGUUGAAAGAUAGCAUUCUUACCACCGUUAGAAUCAGUAGCAAAGCAGACACCGUACCACGAAGGCUUGUGUAGAACAUCCUCAAAUAAAAUGUCAUCGAUUGAACCGAUUGUGCUGGUACACGGGGGAGCAGGGGACAUUCCAACCGAACGCGUCGAAGGAAAACUGGUAGGCGUGAAACUAGCCGCCAAAGUGGGCUAUGCUAAACUUCUAGACUCUGGUUCCGUUUUGGAUGCUGUCGAGGUGGCAGUUCGUAGUAUGGAACUGGAUCCAUAUUUCAAUGCUGGUUACGGAUCGGUUUUAACCACGGAAGGAAACGUUGAGAUGGAGGCGAGCAUAAUGAAUGGGGCAACAUUGCGCGCAGGAUGCUGCUCGCUCGUCAAAGACAUCAUGCAUCCGAUAAGUUUGGCGAGAAGGGUGAUGAAGACCCCGCACAAUUUCCUCGCUGGGGAAGGUGUGAUGCAGUUCGCUGUCCAAGAGGGGUUCGAAAUAAUGGAUCCCCCUGGACAGCUGGUAACCGAUUUUGCUAAAGAAGCUUUGGAGGAAUGGAAAGAAGCUACGCAUAGAGGCGAAAACGAAUUUGCUCGCACCGAGAUAGGAUCAUCUAAUAAAUACAGCAAAACCGAAGUGGGUACGGUCGGUGCCGUUGCAAUCGAUAGUUUGGGCAAUAUCGCUGUAGCGACAUCCACCGGUGGUAUAACAGGAAAGCUCCCAGGGAGAAUUGGCGACACACCCUUAGUAGGGGCAGGAACGUACGCUGACAAUCGGGUAGGAGGUGUGUCUACCACAGGUCAUGGUGAAACCAUCAUGAGAUAUUCUUUAGCUCACGACAUUCUCAAGCGAAUUGAAUUCCUUGGAGAAGAUGCUCAAACUGCAACAGAAAAUUCCUGUAAAACAAUGACUGAUAGAUUAACUGGAACCGCAGGCGCCAUCACCAUUGAUUGCAAAGGCCAAGUAGGAGUGUCAUUCACCUCAAAAAGAAUGGCUUGGGCUUAUAUCAAAGGGAAGCAACUUAAAUAUGGUAUCGAACAAGACCAACACCUCGAAGAAACUGUACAAGAGUAGCGAAAAUCUAUGCAAAAACUUACCGCUGAUCCAGGCGGCGAUAUUUGUGCGAGGAUGUCAGUCUGUAUUUGAAAUGUUCAAUCUGCCUUUCAAAGUUGCGGAUUCAUUUUUCGGUUGCUUUACGAUAAAUCAAAUACAAAAAUAUUUCAUUAUUUGUCUGGAUCUGACUUCUUAUCACAAACCGCAAACAGUUUUCACAUUAUCAGCAUUCUUUCACCUACACACUAUUUACUAGGGGAUUAUGGUUGUCACUUGUGUCUACUGCACCACUGGCACUGUUUCUGCUGUUCUGAGCAGUGAGUUGUUCUUCGGUUUCGCCGUAGCAGUGUUUCAACUUUGGAUCGCGAUACUUGUUUUCAUUCUGCACUGAAUGCGAAUUGGUUCUACACUUUGUCAGACACAGUUCGUACUGGUCGUUCACGGUGGCGUAAACUGCGAUCUGUCGCCCGGUAGCUUUGGCCAGCACCCUUUCCAAUAGCG